AUGGAGAUAGAGUGCAAGGUUUUACCUCCUCCUAAUAAACAGGUGGUUUAUCAUGGCCCUUUAUCGCGUUUUUCGAGGGUAUCGGGUAGAUUUACUUCUUUUAAUGCUUUUCUCUACAGAGAGACAAACACAUCCGAGAGCAACCAAGCUUCACUAGGGACACUUUAUUUUAUUGAUAAUAAUGGUGAUCCAUUCUCCUGUAUUAUUUUUGAAUUAGGUAUUAGUGUGAAGGAUAGUUCAAAAGGUCCAAAUGCUUUCUCCAUCUCUGGGAAGACUGGUAGUAAAAUAAUAUUGCAGGCUCCUUCUUCUGCUUCCAAAGCAGAGUGGGUACGUCAUAUUACGGGAUUAAUACAAGGGGAUUCUUCUUUAAUUUCUUCUUCUGUUGUUGAUUCUGUUACUGAAGCAACGAAAACUUAUCCACAUCCUACUUUUACUUCGACAAACAAUCAACCCGUAUUACCUUCUGGUUCAAUUGAAAGAGAAACAUCUACAAGUAGAGAUCCUUUACCAAUAAUAAAAGGAAUUCUAUUAAAGAAGGGUGGUCUUACUGGUCAUUACGUUAGACGAUGGUUUGAACUUGUUCAAGAUAUUGGUUUACUCUAUUCAUUAUACGGAGAUUCUCCACGGGACACAUUUCAACGAGUACCUUUGCAAGGUUUAUCCAUUUUUUUUUCAGAAGAGAAACGUCAAAUUAUUAUUCCUCCAUCUGGGUCCCGUACAAAAUUAAUGAUUUUAAAGUGUCCACAUAAAGAAGAAUUUGCUCAGUGGCGUGAGGCCAUCCAAUUGGAGAGCUCAAGAUGUACCUCUACAAUAAGGCGUAAUGAAAUGAAAGAAUCUGAAACUGUAGAAAACUGUAUAGAUGAUCAAACAAGUAGAGAGAAAAGAAGAAGUAGUAGUCUAACAUGUAUUGAUGCUAAGGAUGAUACCCCUCUUACCUCUUCUAUGAUGGCUAAAGAUUCUUCACCUGUAUCAACCGAAUCUGCAUUUGAUAUGACAUUAUUUGGAGUUGGAUCUGGGGUAGAUACAAAUAUCAUAACUCUCACAAAAAGGGAAAUGUUAGAACUAGAAGACCUUCAGAGUGAUAUACCAUGUAUGGGUACACUUAACACCGAAGAAUUUUUACAAUCUAUUGAAGAAACAUACAAGCCUAUGAAAAAUACACCUGGUAUUGAAUUAGAGUUGCAACGAUAUUAUGCAGAAUGUCUUCCUUAUGGGUUAGAGGCUACACUUAAACGAUUACAACAACGUUUCACCUUACCAAUUAAGGAACCGUAUGAUGCUGUAAAUGAGCAUAUUGUUCUACUAGACUUGGAUGUUGAACGUGUUCGAGAGUGUCUUAGAAAUACGCUUUCUUUAUAUGGUGAUGAAAUAGCUAUAUGGAAUGUUGUAAGGGAAAUGGACUAUAUUAUACGUGUUUAUACCUAUGUUCGUGAAAAACUUCUUAUUCGUUUGGGUAUUGCUGCUUUUCGUGAGCAAACAGACCGUACUGGAUUAUCUCUUGGUGUUAAUGGUACCAUAGAUGCUUUGGAUACGUUUCUUUUUUCUGAUAGUCCUUCUUCAGCUAUUUAUGAUAAAGUUGUAGAUAUGUGGAAAGGAUUUUUUAACGCUUUACAACAUUUUCGAUUGGAUUUUGAUGUCUUUGAUGAGAGUGAGGAAACGAUCGUAGCCAUGGAAGAUGCUCUUAACAAAUUGUACGAUUGGUUACGACGAAACUCUCAAGAAGAAGAAGAGGAAGAAAAUAGAGAGGAAGAUUUGCGUUGA